CAUCCUCUAAUCUUUUCAGGUCCAGUUGAGCCUCUUCAAACAAGAUGGCGGCUUCCGCGGAGCAUCCCUUGCCUGAGCCUGCCAAGCCCUUACUCGGGCUCCUAAAUGGUAUCGCUCAGGCCACCUUUUAUGGCAACACAGAGAUCACGGAAGAGCUGCUGCGGGAGCAACUUUACCCGGAAUCGUCGUCGCAGGAAUUUGGAAUUCUGCUGGCUAAAAUGAAAGGAAUCAUCAAGUCAAUAGCUUCAGCUGACAUGGAUUCAAAUCAACUAGAAGCUUUUCUGACUGCACAAACAAAGAAACCAGGGGGAAUCACAACCGAUCAUGCUAUAGUUAUUGCAAAAUUUUGGAAGAACCAGCGAGCAAAAAUUCAUGAGAGUCUGAUAAAUCAAAGCAAGUGGGAAAAUAGCUUGAAAAACAUAAGCUGGAGAAUAGAUUUAAAAACACAGUCAAGACACAUUGACCAGAUGAAUAGUCCUGUGGCAAUAGUUGAAAUGGAACUUGAGAAAAAUGGACAGGAAUCUGAGCUUUUGACCAUGGAAUUUGAUGAGACUGAAUUGAACAAAAUGUUGAAGAAACUUUCAAAGAUUGAAGACAGCAUUAUUUCUCUGACCCAAAAAUCAUCCUGAUUUUUCACUUAAAACAAUGUUUGAGUAAUACUAAGGUUGACCUUAAUUACAUGUGUAGAUUAUCCUGGACAUCAUGCUGUUCUUGCAGCAGUGUUUGAAAACUUAUACAUAAAUAUGAGAUCAAAGGGGGAGGCGGGGAGGUAACUGAGGCAUUCAAACUGAUGUACACCUUAAAACAAAAGAACAUAGCUAGAUUCACUGAAAUAAAAUGCUCCUCCGGAAAAAUGUAGAAUUUGUACAAUAAAAGAGCAAAUAUAUUUACCUUUUCCAUUA